AACUAUACUUGUAGUACAUAGAAAAAAUACCUGACACCUGCCGGAGACGGAUCCAAAGAAAAGUCAACGGAUGUUUGUGUAAACUGACAAACGCUCAUUGCACCACUUUAUCACCGGAGACACAUGUACAACAGCAUUAACAUAAACAAUAAAACGAGAACUAUAACAAGACAUAAUUUUGAUCGCGGACGUGACUACUACAGCAAUGGGGCAUCCCACUUGAGUAGAGUAAUUCCUCUUAAUCAAGAUAGUUGCUGGUAAUAAUUUGUUCACCUUCGCUGUCUCUUUUUUGCGUUUAAUUUAACUGUGAUCUGUCUCAGUCAAAAAAUUAAUGGCCGCUGUUCGUUUUAUUAUGCAAAUUUUGAGGCGGUGCUUUAAAGCAAAUAAACGAAUGCUUAUCAUCCUUCCUUCUAAACGUAAACAAAUAUACUGUAGAUCAGAAGAACCGUAAAAAUGAAUUAAAUUCAUUGGAUUACACUGGUUUCUUUAAGUGAAUUUAAACAAAAUAUGGCAAGCAGCCGUGGUAGACCAACCAUAAUAGUUGUUUCAUUUCCGUGUUUUAUGUUUUUAACUUCUCCAUAGCCUGGUCCCUAGCUCAGGAUAAAAAAGGACGUGCGUUGUGCGCAGUACCUGCGACCCUGCCAUGUAAAAAGACCGCAUGAUACACAGAGAAACGUUACGGCCUUAUGUGCAACUUAGACACGGAGAGGAUUAUAUAAUAGAUAGCCUUUGAACAAGUUGACCAGAAACUGACGUGGCUUGGUUAGACACUGAUUAGUGUAUACAGGUAUUCCAGGAAAACAAAGGAAAGUUAUCGUCGACAAGGUUUGAAAACACAUGUUAAACUGAAGAAGCGAGUUAUGGCAACAAGCAAUGGAUUUCCAAGAGCGAUAGUCGUCUCAUUCGUCUUCUUUUACUUUCUGGUGUUCAUGUUGUCAACAGUUGGAAACUGUUUGGUUUUGUCGAUCUGUUACAGAGCAAUAAAGAGAAAAGCCUCUUCACUGAAAUGGUUCAUCGCCAACUUGGCCAUCGCUGACCUCACAUUCACGUUUCUGUCCAUAUUAGACUUCAUAACUUUCAUAUGGACUUGGCUUGGCGGUCAGGUCACUUGCAAGCUACAACAUUUUCUAAUCGAAGCUUGCUACACUGCCUCAAUAAUGACUCUGGUUGUUAUCAGCUUUGAAAGACUCAAGGCUGUGAUUGAACCAUUCAGUACAAGAACCAGAGCUCCAGAAGGCGUCUAUCGAAAGCUGGCGGGCUUGUGGUUUGUUAGCCUUGUUGCAGCUUCGCCCUUGCUUUAUGCCAGUCAAGCACAUGAAGAUAGCACAGGUGGGGUGUCCUGCUCAAACAUUGGAUUCACAGAUUUAGGACGACAGAUCUGUUACAGCAUCCAUUCCAUUUGCUUCUUCCUGGUUCCUCUAAUCUAUAUGAUUUAUGCUCAGAGGUCCAUCUUUGUAACGUUACGCUCUAGCGUUUUUCCGACGCAAAACUGUUCUUCAGCUGCGUGCUCUAAAUUACGGCAUCGAAAGGCAGCCAAACCUCUAGUGGCCGUGACAGUAGCAUUUGUAGGAUGUUGGUCACCAUUUAUAAUCACACGAUUGCUGCUGUACUUUCAACUCACAGAUGAUGGGUACAUCUGGAGAGCAUCCCAACUUUUAAUUUUUGUGAACACGGCGUUGGAUCCAAUACUGUACGGAAUCUACGGAGAAAACUUGAAGUCGUCUCUUAAACGGUUCCUUACAUGCACAGUUCUUCAGACCUCUGCAGCAGUGGGGACUCCAACAGACGAAAGAAUUAUGAGGCGAGUUGGAAACAAUACAUGUAGGCCCUACGAUGCCAAGAGUUAACAACGAUGCUGGAUUUCAUCUCAGUGACGUUUAAACAUAAUUUAGCGACCUCACUACGUGUGGUCGGAAUUUCUGAUCAAAUGAGUUUAUAUCUGAAAACGAAACAUACUAAUCACAAUAAAUAUGUAUUCCUAUAGAAGACUGAUUGUUUGUAUUAAAACAGGCAAGGGAAGAUAUCGACCAUAAAACUGAAUUUAUCAGGAGAAAGUUAACACAAUAUCAUAAAAAAAUAUCCCAACUUUUCCCUGAAGAACUACAAAUUUGUGAACAGUAUCCUGCCAAAAAGUGGUUGCGAUGCAUUCAAAAAGGCACAGAAAUAGACACUUGAUGUGUCGCAAACAAUUGUUUGAAUCAAUGUUGAAUCAUAAGAAAAGAAGUUGGUGAUCAUUAUUUUUUGAAUAUGUCUAAAAUAGGUUAUUUAAAUUCAAAGGUGAGGGAACUCUGUAAACGUCGUUCAUAAAUGGGAAAUUGAUUUUUAACAACCGUUAGAAAACUUUAAACCUAAAAACAGACUAGGCUUUUUUAACUUACGUAUUAAAACAAAACCUGUUGAAUUUUCAUCAAUUAAGAGGCUGUCUCUGUAAGAACC